AUGGUCCCAACCUUAGUUUCAGGCUGGGCAUGGCUUCCAAGCAACAUUCUGGAUUUGAUUCUAGAAAAGUUGAUCCCAAUUUCUGACUAUAUCCGAUUUAGUGCAGUUUGCAAGCAUUGGCAAUCAGUCGCUUUACAUCGCAAGAAGCAGCCCAUCAAAUCAUGUCACAAGCAGAUUCCUAUGCUCAUAAUUCCCACCAUAGACGGUAGCAGCGAAAGGCGUGGCUUGUAUAGUGUGACACAAGGUAAGACUUGUAGCUUUGAGUUGAAUGUGUAUUACAGUAAGAGGUUCUGUGGUUCUUCCCAUGGUUGGUUGGCUUGUGUGGAUGAGAAUCUGGUAGUAACCCUCUUAAACCCUUUUACCGGGUGUACCAUUAGCCUUCCACCAGUCCCCCAAAUCCACUUGGAGAUCGACGACCCUUCUUUUCUUCCUAAUGAAUAUGAAGUAUUGGUCAUCUAUGAUGGCUAUGGGAAACAAAUAGCCCAUUUUAAGUCAGGGGACGAUGCUUGGACUAGCAUAGAUCAAUUGAUCGGAUUCGAUGAUGUAAUUUACAAUAAAGGCCAGUUUCUAGGUGUUAGUUUGGGUGGUAGUGUUUUUUCGAUGAAUGUUAGCAGGGAUCAAACUACCGAACCCCCAUGUAAGCUUACUUGUGCCAAUGGAUCCAGACACUGA